UUCAAUCAAACUAAUAUCAUGUAAAGUGAAACAAGGGAGUAAAUAUUUUCCUCAAAAUAUUCAUGCUUAAUUAGGACAUGAAGAGGAGCCAACAAUAAUGGACAAUUCCUUAUUUCAACAGUAUCUAAAAAAUCACACAUUCAUCUUCAUGUCUUUGACCAUUCCUUUUGACCUCUGCUAAACACAAUUCAUAAAUAUGGAAAAAAAUUCUUCUUCCAUUUUCCACUUUCUCCCAUAAACAUCCCCUCAAAACUCUCCAAAAAACACACUGUUAGCACUUUUGCAUGUUGUAAAAAUCCAUAUAUUAUAUUUUUUCAGUGAUGCCAAGCAAGUGUUUUAGCUUCACUGCAACUAAAAACCGGUGCCUUAAAUCAAGUUUCAGCAGUCGAGGUCUCCGAUCUACUUUCACUGACCUCAAAGAUGGUACCAUAAUGCAUUGCUGGGUACCCAAAUCCAGAAAAACGACCCGACCCGACUUGAUACUCAUCCAUGGAUUCGGAGCUAAUUCUAUGUGGCAAUGGGCUGACACAGUCCGGAUCCUGUCAACCCACUUCAACGUCUAUGUACCGGACUUAGUCUUCUUUGGUGACUCCUUCACCACUCGACCCGAACGGACUGAGUCGUUUCAGGCUGAAUGUGUAAAACGAGUGAUGGAAGCAAACUCAGUAACAAAGAUGAGCGUAGUAGGUCUGAGCUACGGGGGAUUCGUGGCAUAUGCCAUGGCAGCACAGUUUAGGGACUGUAUAGAAAAAGUAGUGAUAUGCUGCGCCGGUGUUUGUCUGGAAGAGAAGGAUUUAAAAGAAGGAUUGUUUGCGGUUAGCAGUGUGGAAGAUGCGGCCAAUAUAUUGCUGCCGCAGACAGCUGAGAAAAUGAGAGAGCUCAUGGGUUAUACUUUCGUUAAAGCACCAGCUAAAGUUUUGCCUUCUUGCUUGCUUACUGACUUCAUUGACGAAAUGUUUACACAAUAUGUAGAGGAGAAGAAAGAAUUGCUUCUUGCAAUUGCCAAAGACAGGAAGCUUUCUGAUCUACCUAAGAUCACUCAGCCAACUUUAAUAGUGUGGGGUGAUCAAGACAAAAUAUUUCCUUUAGAGUUGGGCCACAGAUUGAAAAGGUUCAUUUCCCCUACUGGGCAAAUAGGGGAGAAUGCUCAGCUGGUUGUGAUUAAGAAUGCAGGCCAUGCUUUUCUUUAUGAGAAACCCAAAGAUUUCCAUAAGCCUUUGAAAUCCUUUCUCUUGGGUUCCACAAAGAGCCCUCCUCCUAACAAUCCUCAGGACCAAACAUGAUUCACUUGUAACUUUGGAAAAUUAUCUAUUACUGGUGAAAACCAUAAUGUGUGAUCUCAUUUUUUGCUAUUUAAUUCUUGUAUUGCUCACAUUGAGAGCCAUCAUCAUCCUAUGAAGAGUUUCAACUAUUAUAAAAAGAAUUUUUAUUUUA